AGACUGCUGAUUCUGUCUGUAGUCUGUGGUAGUGCAAAAAUGGCGACUCUACUUCCCCGUCCUUUAGGUCUUGCCCAAACUCUUCUAUUGAAAAAUGGAAGUAAGCUAUUGGUUGCAUCUCUAAAUCAUCCUAGUCAACAACAAGUCCGUAACUUGAAUGUCCAUGAGUACAUAAGCUACACAUUGUUGCGUGAUCAUGGCAUUCCUGUACCCAAGUUCCAUGUGGCUUCCACACCUGAAGAAGUUGUCAAGUUUGCCACAGAGCUCAACACUAAAGACAUUGUGCUCAAAGCUCAGGUACUUGCUGGAGGCAGAGGAAAGGGCUACUUCAAAAGUGGCCUACAGGGUGGAGUCAAAAUGGUUGAUUCACCUGAAACUGCUGGCAAGUUAGCAAGCAAAAUGCUCAACCAGCUUUUAGUUACGAAACAGACUGGUGCUGCGGGCCGCAUCUGCAACAAGGUCAUGGUGACGGAGCGCAAGUUCCCACGCAGAGAAUUCUACAUCGCCGUCAUGAUGGAACGCAGCUUUAAUGGUCCUGUCAUUAUCGCAUCAUCUCAAGGUGGUGUUAACAUCGAGGAUGUUGCAGCUACAAACCCUGAAGCCAUCACUUAUGAACCUAUUGAUAUCAAACUUGGUAUUCAAGAUGAACAGAUCACACGUGUUUUGAAAAAGAUUGGUUUAGAAACUGCGGAAGCACAUGAUAUGGUAAAAAAGAUGUAUGAUCUUUUCCUGAAGAAAGAUGCGCUUCUGAUUGAGGUGAACCCUUAUGCUGAAGAUGCUAUUACUGGCAAAUUCUUCUGCUUGGAUGCUAAGUUCCGAUUCGACGACAAUGCAGACUACAGACAAAAAGAACUGUUCAGUUUGAGAGAUCUGACACAAGAAGAUCCCAAGGAAGUUAAAGCUGCUAAAUAUAACUUGAACUACAUUGCGCUAGAUGGUACUAUUGGGUGCAUGGUAAAUGGUGCUGGGUUAGCCAUGGCUACAAUGGACAUUAUCAAGUUGCAUGGCGGCGACCCAGCUAACUUCUUAGACGUCGGUGGUGGCGCUACCGCGCAAGCUGUUGCGGAAGCUUUCAGCAUCAUCCUGUUGGAUCCAGGUGUGACAGCUAUCCUUGUGAACAUUUUCGGAGGUAUCAUGAGGUGUGACGUCAUUGCCGAGGGUAUUGUGACGGCUGCCAAGAACCUUAACAUCCAACUGCCCGUCAUUGUCCGUCUCCAGGGUACAAAAGUGAAUGAGGCGAGAAAACUGAUAGCCGAAUCAGGACUCCGUCUGGUGCCACGCGAUGACCUCGAUGAAGCUGCCCAGCUUGUGGUACAGCUCGCCGAAAUUGUGACGCUCGCCAAGAAAGCUGGAGUUGAGGUGAAAUUUGACAUCCCUAAGUAUAUGUUGGAGAAGUAAAAGUAAUGCAGUAUUUUCAUAAACUUUACCAUUACUAUCUAAUUGGUCAUCAUUGUUGUAUAACGUAAUCCAGUCUAUCUUGCUGCUUGUAAUAUGAUACAAAUGAUUGUAAUACUUGGUAGUAUUCCAACACUCACUUUCAUGACUAGGGACAAUCAGCUGUCCUUCAUUCAUUGUGGCAUAUUAUGUUACAUAAAGGAUCAUGUUAUCUGUGAAAUGAUAAGGGAUGUUCCAGCCGCUAGUAGGAUGCUUGUUGGCACUGGGCUAUGGAAUAUACCUUGUCUAUGACAAAUUGCCAGAAGAAAAUAAAAGACAGUAUCCUAUCACAAACAUUGGAUCUGUAAAUAGUCUCCAGAAGGGUGCCAUCAGUCAUCAGUUCAAAUGUAAAUGACGUAAUGAGUCUUACAUCUUCAUUUCAGUUCAAUUAAACAGUGAAGUUCAUUAGUUACGCUUAUUACGAAGUGAAAAUACUGUAAACAUGCCAACAUAAUUAGUCAUUUCACAGAGAACUCUAACAUUGUAUAUGACAUUUUUGCAGUCUAGCUGUCCAUGUUACUAUGUGUUAUGGUUAUAUUUAUAUAUAUAUACGAGCAUAUGCUGAAGUACUUUGUGAUAUCUACAUGUGAACUAUUUAGCACUAUUAAUCGUAUUCAUAGAUUCCUACUGCACUUAGAUCAAAGUCAACCACUCUGUAGUUGAUAGUGAGUUGCUGAUCAGAUUUGUCAUUUAGAAACUGGUUGCAUUAUAGCCAAUUAGAUUAAAUAAAUGUAAUUCAUUGAUUUAUUUAUUGAACCACAUUUAGUAUAAGUGAAAAUGUUCGAUAUUACACACAUAAGAACUAUUGUUAUAAACGCAUUGAUGUUGUAGUGAAGUGUUAAAAUGCUUCAAGUUGUUAUAAAAUUGUAAUUUGCUAUAAUAUUAUUAUCGCGAACGUAAAUCGAUCGAGAAAAGUAUUUCAAUUGCCUAGCUAUUAAUUUACGAUCAUUGUAUGUAUUGUUAAUGUAAGUACGCCCUCGUCCGCAGAGGUGUACGAAACGUGUAACGACGCAAUAAUUAGUAUUGUGUACAUUAUGUACUGUAUGUAUGUUUAUUUGUAAAUAGCAACUUAUUUUAAUUUGCCACGUUAAGGAUCUCCACGGAGAUUUUUUUCGAAUAGUAAAGUACAACAUAUGGUAUCAACAGUCGAAUCCAAAUAUGUAUGUUUAGUGUAUUACAGUAUAAAUAUUUAUUUUUGGCUUCUUUUGAAGGAUAAACUAAUUUAAAUAAAUAUUAUUUUAGAUCUGUA